CAGAACGUCCGGUUGACAAGCAGUCGCCAGUUUCAAUCAGAGUGUGAGAGAAGGAAGAGUCGCUGAUACUAACUACUAUAAAAAUGGCGGAAAGUAAUUUAGGAUGUGGCCCACUCACGAUCAAGUACCUGGUCUUCAUCUUCAAUUUCAUCUUCUUCCUGUCCGGGAUCAUCCUGAUUUCUGUAGGGGUCGUCGCCCAAGUCUUCUUCAGCUCGUACCUGCAGUUCUUUGAUGGCAAGUUUGAGACCCCUGCUAUUGGCCUCAUCAUCUUGGGCACCAUCAUCCUGGUAGUUUCCUUCUUUGGAUGCUGCGGAGCCAAGAAGGAGAAUGUCUGCAUGCUGCGUACGUUCUCCAUGCUGAUGGUAAUGGUGCUGCUGUGUGAGAUUGCUGCUGGUAUUACUGUGGCUGUCAUGCGACCACAGGUGGAGCAGCUGGUCAAGAAGAACAUGGAUGACACCAUGGAGCAAUACGGCAGCCCCAAGAGCCUCGUCACCAAGACAUGGGAUGAUCUGCAGAAGAACUACCAUUGCUGUGGAACAAACAACUACACUGAGUGGGAAGGGACAACCUUUGGAAAGAAUGUCACUGGAGUACCUGACACGUGCUGCAAGAUAAUUUCAACAGGAUGUGGCCAUAAUGUGUUCUCCGUCAACAAGACGGAAACCAUCUUCACUGAUGGUUGCUACACGGCCCUCAACGACUCGGCAAUGCGCAACAUUGGUGCCAUUAUUGGAGGUGCAAUUGCCCUUGCCCUGCUGCAGAUGGUUGGCGUUUGGAUGUCACACUGUCUAGUACGAGCAGUGAAGGAGCGGUACGAAAUCUUGUAAACGGCAAACAGAAUUAUUCCCCUUAACAGUAUUACGAAACGGCUGGCUUCCAGACUGCUGUGCCAUACACGCAUAUAGGAAGGGGCUAUUGGUCACAUGAAAGACUGAUCUUAUGCAAGACCAUUUGGCAUAUAUUUCAUGGUUCUUAUCCUUUUUAUUUUGACCUGUGAAUUUUUCUUGACCUGUUCUUCAUCAGGAAAGGAUUCCAUAAUGAAACUAGUCUAGGUUUUAGUGGUACAGAUCGUGUAAAUGUCUGAGUAUUGUAUUUUCUGAGGGUAUAUAUCUAAGAAUUUUGGGGGAUUUUACUGAUAAAAGACCAAUUUUCAUAUUUAUCCAUGAAAUACCAAUUUGGUGCCAGUUAAAUUAAAGGUUCACAUACAAGAAGCUUAUAUGAAGAGUUGUGAGCAUGGCCAGGGAAAGAGUAUUUUUCUAGUGAUUCUUUGAUUGUGUGAUGUUUCCUAUGUGAUAUGGAGUUUAAGCCUGAAAAUUAGAUACAUAAGUUUUUAAUAUAUGAGUGGUAGUGAUUUUAAGAGUGUGAAAAGGGUUAUUUUAUAUAGUCUGUAAUGGGAAGGGAGACUAGAAAAGCAAGGAAUUUAAACAUUUAUUCAAACUUCUAGAUGUAUCAGUGUAAUGGAUUGUUCUCUUCUGUGUACUCUCCUAAUAAAAUGUUCAGAUCUAU